AUGGAAUACAGGAGAUACAUAACAAUCUACAAUCAGGUCUUUCACAACUUUACCCUCAAACUGCACGUUAUCCUCUCCAGCCUGAGGACGUCCAUUCUGAAACCCUACCAAAUGCAGCCAAAGCAGGCUGAUAACAAGGAGGCUAAGUUCUCAGAUUGGCAAACCUUCUACUUGAAUCUUCUCAAGGCAAAGUGCUAUGUGUUCAGGUCUAAGGCCAAAGAAAUCCGUGAGGAUUCCGAGCUCCAUGGCCGGCUUCACGGAGGCGUUUGGAGUGCGGAUGAGCUGCAAAAAUGGGUUGUUCCCAAGAGACGUAGGAAGGCUCAAGGCGCCAGGUACCUGGAUAUCGACAUGCAAGCGGAUCUAGGUGAAUUCAAUCCUGCAGUGUCUAAAUUGCAGGAGUUCAUCGCAUCGCAGGAAGAUACCGCCGCAUGGAGAGAGUUUGGCUCGCUGAAAAUAGAAGAGCGUUACGACAAAUUCGAGAGUAGCUGGAACUCUGCGCUCGCAACCACAUCGCUCUUGCGGGUGCGCAAGUUGCUCAAGGUGCUGAGGGAUUCUUGUGAUGUUUUGUUUGCGGAACUCACCUUACCACCGGUACACUGUCCAUCGCAGAUGGUAGUACGAAGCAGCUACCCGACGAACUGGCGGAGCGGAUCUGGUGGUGACAGUACGGUUUGCAAGCUGCUUGUGGAGAUCGGGUUGGAGAAGAUCCGCCGGGAGAGUCUACGCCUGGGUCUCUACGAUCAGACCUUCCAUGACUUUACCCUGGAACUGCACAUCAUCCUUUUGGGCCUAACUUUGUCCAUCCCAAAAACCUACAGGUAUGUCCACGCUUGGAUGGAACGCGCCCCUAGCAAAUCGCUAACAAAGUGUUCCGUCUACACGCAAACCUCACUGUACAGAAUACAGCCAAAGCAGACCGAAAGCAAAGAGGCCGAGUUCCUGGACCAACAAAGCCUCUACACAGAGCUUCAUGAGGCAAAGUCCUAUGUCUGUCCAGGGUGCCCAGACAAACUGGAUCUCAUCCCAUCAGGCGGUCGGUAUGGAAAGGAUCCACAACACGGACAAGACGGACAUUAUAUCGCCCCGCCCUUUGUUAUUGGUCUGUAUCCUUCCAAAAUCGAUGGGUUGAGCGGUAGCACCAUUGAAGCCCGGUCAGUUUCCAAUCAAAUUUCUGGACUUGCAUCGUUGCUCGUGAACAAACGACUGACCCCCAUUUUCAACUUUGCUUAUGACCUCAACUUGGCCCACCAACAAACGCCCGUACAUGAUUUGUUCUCUCAAGAAGGUCAAUGUGGAGGGCAUAGUCUGUUCCGAAAGGCAUUUCUGGAAACAUUCCAUUUUCCGUGCGUGAUCAAGGGGCAGAGGAAGAUGUCGGGGGCAUGCGAACUCAUGCGUGUCUAA